UGCAGCCCACUAAUCGAGCCUCCUGUAUUCUUCUCACAGCGUCUCUCCAUGGUAACACUUUCCUCAACACUGGACCUUUGAUUCAAAGAAACUACACAAACAGGUGCUUUUUUUUAAUGCAGCUGUUAUUCAGCAUGAAUUUGGCAGAUAUAUGUGACAACGCCAAGAAAGGCCGUGAGUAUGCUUUGCUGGGGAACUACGACUCCUCCAUUGUGUACUACCAGGGCGUCAUUCAACAGAUCCACAAGCACUGUCAGUCCCUCAGAGACCCUGCACUCAAAGCCAAAUGGCUACAGGUCAGGCAGGAACUGCAUGAGGAGUACGAGCAGGUGAAAGACAUCAUGGGAACGCUUGAAGGCUUUAGGUCAGAGAAGCCAGUGGACAUCCUCGCCCCUCAAUCCGGGGAGAGACCUGAAGAUCCAGCAGUGUGGCCCCCUCCCACCCCUGCAGAACACAGGAAUCCUAUUGCAGUGAAGCGCCCCAACAGUGCAGCGAAGCAGCACAGAAAGGAGUCCCCUGCCCUGCAGCAUCGAGGGGCCGGGCCUGGGGGCCGCAACCCUAAAGCAGAUCGUCCAGGAUCCAGAGAACCCCGGGGCGCAAAGGCAAAAGAUGAAAAGGGGAAGAGAGGGGUUGGAGAAGCGCCAGGAGAUGUAGAGCAGAAGAGGUUUGAUGGCACGGGAUAUGACAGCGACCUGGUGGACUCACUAGAGAGAGACAUUGUGUCCCGUAACCCGAAUGUACACUGGGAAGACAUCGCUGAUCUGGAAGAUGCUAAGAAGCUGCUGAGGGAGGCGGUGGUGCUGCCCAUGUGGAUGCCUGACUUCUUUAAGGGAAUACGUCGCCCCUGGAAGGGUGUGUUGAUGGUUGGGCCUCCCGGGACAGGGAAGACCAUGCUUGCCAAAGCUGUGGCCACAGAAUGUGGGACUACUUUCUUCAACGUGUCCUCCUCCACCCUCACCUCCAAAUACAGGGGCGAGUCAGAAAAACUUGUUCGACUUCUGUUCGAAAUGGCCCGGUUUUACGCACCAACAACAAUCUUCAUAGAUGAGAUUGAUUCAAUUUGUGGCAGAAGAGGAACCUCUGAUGAACAUGAAGCCAGCCGCAGGGUCAAAUCAGAACUCCUGGUUCAGAUGGAUGGCGUUGGGGGAGCUAUGGAUAAUGAUGACCCCUCGAAAAUGGUGAUGGUCCUCGCCGCCACCAACUUCCCCUGGGACAUCGACGAGGCAUUGCGACGGCGGCUGGAGAAGCGGAUCUACAUCUCGCUGCCCACAGCUGUGGGUCGUGUAGAGCUUCUAAAGAUCAACCUGAGGGAGGUGGACGUGGCUGAAGACGUGGAUCUGGACCUCAUAGCUGAAAAGAUUGAGGGCUACUCUGGAGCAGACAUCACUAACGUCUGCAGGGAUGCUUCCAUGAUGGCAAUGCGUCGUCGAAUCCAAGGCCUGACCCCCGAGGAGAUCCGAGCUCUGUCCAAAGACGAACUGCAGAUGCCCGUGACCAUGGAGGACUUCACCCUCACUCUCAAGAAGAUCUCAAAGUCUGUCUCUGCUGCCGACCUGGAAAAAUAUGAGACCUGGAUGUCUGAGUUUGGGUCAGUAUAGAGAACGGUACAAGCAGAGGGAGCAGAACCUUGAAAGGAGGACUCUUAUGAGGAGAGCAGUGAAAACGAGCCACUCGGGAGUGUGUGAACAAGGUAGCACAUCAAGGAUGAAGAUUAUACAGAGGGCUCAGUUUACUUCAGAUGACUGUUGCAUUUGAGAAGACAUGAUGAGAAUGUCAGUGGCUUCACUCCUGCCCUUCCAGAUACUCUCCCCUCUUUGUAGCUAUGACAAAACUGUCUGUACAGAGACUAUCAAUCGCCCAGCUGCUGACUAAAUGAAGUGACCUAAAGAAGAAAGGGAAACUUUUAAUGUAACAAAGUAGCUAAGUAAACAGGUCGACCAAGGAACGGUACUUACAUGUUCGGCCCCGUGCAAGAAUCUAAACCGAAUUCUCUCUAACUUUUUCUGGGUUGUAAAAUCAACCUAUAAACUUUGCUCGUAAAUUGCCCGUUUCAACCUAAUGACUGACAACUGUUUACAAUUAUCUGAGCCUUUUUGAUCAUUUCAAUAAUCAAUUUACAGUAGCUAAAAUGGCUGUAUGCGUUCUGUCCUGUCAGGUUCCAUUUGUGGGCAAAAAGGGUUUAAAAAACACAAGAAACAAAACACAACUCUAGAAGUCGUAGUAGUUGUAUCAACCUGAAAUCAUUAGAAACUCUCUCAACAAAUUAAACAAAAAACGAUGUUCGCUGUGAAAGAUGUGAAAGAUGUGAAAAAUGGUAAGGUCGCCGUUCCAAAGAAUGCCAUUAAAACAUUCCAUUUGAUAGGCCAUGAUGUAGUUGAUAAUCAUUUAGAUUUCACCAUUAUAAUUCUGACUUUCUGGCAAAUGCAACAGUUUUACUUGAAUGCUGUUUUACAGGCCAUUUAAGGAAGAAAUAUGGUAGCAACAGUGAUUCUUGCACGAGGCCUUCUUUUUUUUUUUUUUUAAGAACAGUAUGUUUGAGCACUUUUAAUGUACUUCCUACAGGAACCCAUAUACUUACUACUGACUGAACACACUUGAAGAACCACUAUGUCUGUGUUAUAGUGUCUGGUUAUGUUUGUAUUUUUGUUUUAUUUUUAAUAUUUGUUUUUAAUUUGAGUUCUGUUGAUCGAAACAAAUGCAGUCAAGCUUAAAAAAGAUGGCUGCUUGACUCCUGGAUUGUUUAUUAAAGGACACGGUUAAAUCUCGCCUAAAACCAUGCCUACCGAUGGUUCCUGUUUUUGUAUGUGUUGACUUUCAAACUAAGAAUGAACUUGGAUAACUUGAACCCAGCAUGAGCAAAAGUCUUAACACACAUGGAAACAUUGUGACAGGGUUAAAAGCUUAGGAGCAACAUGAAUUUGGACUAAUCUGUCAGACUUUAAGCUAUGAUUCAACUACAACACAGAAAAAUACUUGCACAAUUAUAGAUUUUUAACAGUAUGAUCAGUAUUUCCGCCAUGGAGUAAUUUAGAGAUUUGCUCAUCUUUUUAGAUCUGUUGCAGCUUUUCAGUAGUAACAUUUGUAAAUACACAUGUAUAGAACAAUGUGUACAUUUGUCUGUGUAUAUUCUGCAACACUUAAACAGCUUAUGUACACCAGCUUCUUUUAUCCCCCUGUAUGUGCAGACUGGCUGUGCCUUGUUUGAGCAGAAACACUGUUCACCCUUUACUUUUCCUCAUUGACGUCAUUGAUAGGCUCUGGUAAAAUGCACUCUUCCCUAUUUUGCUUUUGUUUUUCGUUGCUUACUUAGCACUCAAAACACUCCUGCAUUUCCUUUCUAGGUCAGCAGGAGUGCAUCUGACAUUUGAAAGGUCUUCUCCUGUCUAUUUCUUUUUAAAAUGUGGGACAGAUAGUAGACAGCACUCUUCUAUGAUCCAAUUGUUAACCCCUGUUGACCAUCUGUCAUUUGUUGAAUCUAAAACAGAUAUCACUGCAGGCUUUAUUGGUGGGCUGAACUCUUUGUUUCCAAUAACUUUGCAACAAUUGCAAUUGUAAGGCGGUUAUAAAUGAUUGAUGACCAAAAAGCAUAAUUAAACCAAAUAUUGAACUAAGGAAGGGAGCCGAACAAUCAUUCAAAACAUUGUGCAGCACAGUCACAUGAUAACACAUCGUUUUAUUCCAUGUGUGAUGUUUGCUGUUGUCGUCUGUGCACUAAUGAUGGAGUUUGUAGGAUGUGACAAAUCACUUGUUAAUUGGUUUUAGACUUGCAACAUAAGCAAGAAUAUUUAUCUGUUUAUGAACCUCAAAAUGUUUCUCCAAACGGCGUUAGAGGGGUGAUGAUUCAGCUUCAUUUAGGAGACUGUAGUUCAUGACUGUUGAACUGUAUUGCUUUACACAGAGAGGGUGUUGUCCUCUACAAUCUAAUGGCUUUGGUCAUUAAUCUACAUGGGUUGGGGAAAAAAUAAACACCUGUCAGCAUAAGGUUA